GCGGUGAAGAUGGCGGAUGGAGACAGCGGGAGCGAGCGCGGCGGUGGCAGCAGCGGUGGAGGGGGAGGAGGCGGUGGCGGCGGUGGUAGCGGGGGCUUCCAGCACUUCCAACGGGAGCAGGAGACCCAGGAACUGGCGUCCAAGCGCCUUGACAUCCAAAACAAGCGCUUUUAUCUGGACGUCAAGCAGAACUCAAAGGGCAGGUUCAUCAAGAUAGCAGAGGUGGGCGCCGGGGGCUCCAAGAGCCGCCUGACUCUCUCCAUGUCGGUUGCGGCCGAGUUCCGUGACUACCUCGGCGACUUCAUCGAGCAUUACGCCCAGCUGGGGCCCAGCACCCCGGAGCAAAUCGCCCAGUCAUCCGGUGGCGACGAUAGCGGCCCGCGGCGAGCGCUGAAAAGCGAGUUUCUGGUGCGGGAGAACCGCAAAUACUACCUCGACCUAAAGGAGAACCAGCGGGGGCGGUUCCUGCGGAUCCGGCAGACCGUGAAUCGAGGCCCCGGCUUUGGCGUGACAGGCCCCGGCGGCGGCCUGCAGGCGGGCCAGACUAUCGCGCUGCCCGCGCAGGGCUUGAUCGAGUUUCGCGAUGCCUUGGCCAAGCUAAUCGACGACUAUGGCGGCGACGACGAGGAGCUGAGCGGCGGCACGGCGGCCGGGGGGUACGGUGAGCUCCCCGAGGGCACGUCCAUCAUGGUGGACUCCAAAAGGUUCUUUUUUGACGUUGGGGCCAACAAAUACGGCGUGUUCCUGCGCGUGAGCGAGGUAAAGCCGAGCUACCGGAACUCCAUCACGAUCCCUUUUAAAGCCUGGAGUAAAUUCGGCGGCGCUUUCUGCCGCUACGCCGAGGAGAUGAAGGAGAUCCAGGAGAGACAACGGGAUAAAAUGUACGAGAGGAGAGAGGAAUCAGAGGGCGAGGACGUGGACGACGACUGAUCCCAGUCAGCUACAGAGCUCGGAUGAGAUUCUGCUCCUAGAAGUUGUUACGAGAUUGCAGAAACGACCGCGACAAAAAAGUGCAUGACGAAUCGGACUUAAAACAAUAGCCUACUAAAAUAUUGUGGCGUGAUGUUCAUUUGACAGAAAAUACUAGAUAAUAAGGUCUGUGAAGUUUAUGUGAUGAGGUUUGGGGGAUUUUUGGAGAGAAAACCCGUCUAAAGCCAUGGGGCGAGAGGUUGUUACAUGAGUUGAGAGGUAGGAUUUAUUACUGAAGCUGCCCUUGUCCUAAACCAGCAAGUUUAAUUGUCUGAAGUGACAUUUAAACUUUUGUAAUGGCAAACACUAAUGCUGCUGAAUCUCAGAGGCAGUCAGCACACAUGAACCCAAGCAACUGAAAAGUGUGCGCAUUGUUCAGUAUAGUUCAAAAGCAAAGUGGGAGAGUAGACUGGCGUUCACUAUAGUCUCAAUGGCGGCCAUAGACCAUAAUAUAGCCUUGACCAUAAUAUAGUCUCAGUGGUGGUCAUAGACCACAAUAUAGUCUUGACUGUGGCCAAGACUGUGAUAGUCUGUCGGAGUGGACCGGGGGAAUUUAACAAUGCUGUCACGCUGUCAAACUUUGUUCAUUUAUUCAAUUCUUAUAGGCUGUUGUCUAAAUGGGCGCUACCUGACAAGCCAUAGGAACCUUUAGAAACGCCCACCAUCACAAAUCAAUCUGAAGACUAAUUGUUUAGCCUGAUAUAUGAAAAUUGAUUAAUUGGUUUAGUGAUAUGAUGGCCAGAUCAUGGAAAACACAAACAUGACAGGAACCUUUGUCUAUUGAGUAAGACUUGCAAAGAAUGCAGAAAAGGUAUAGGCCUAAUGGAUAAUAAGUGUGUAAAAUGUAUCAAAUGCAUCUAAACUUAUCAUUGACACUGAGACAAUGAACACUCACUGCUAACUGCAGUGAUGUGAAAACAGUUCAUGAGAGCAUUGUCUUUUCCAACUCGGGUCCAAAUCUCCAUGAGUACAUUGGAAUUAAUUUGUCAUUUCCUCCCUCUAGAUAGGACAGAACAGCUGAGGCACUGCAAUGAAACCACACUCCUUUUUUAUUUAAAGGUCAAAAAGUGCAUAGAUGAAUGUUUUUCUUUUCUUCCCUUUUUCAUUUUUUGUUUAGAAAAAAUAUAAAGACAGAUUAUUCUUUAUGACAGAAUUACUGAACAAACCAGCAUAUUUUUAAUACAUAAAAUAAUAGAAGUUAUAUGUGUAUUGCAGAAUUAUUAAAGCCUAAGAGGCUAAUUUUUUAAAAAAGUAAAAAUAUGGGAUUUGAAGACUGUCCAGUGUAUUUGUUUUCCAAAAAGUGUUGGAGUAUAGCAUCUAUAUAAGUAAAGAACGUAAAUAUGAUGUAUCUUGACAGUUUAUUUCGGAUUACGUAAAUCUCAUCCCUUACUUCUUGCACAUUGUCUGCGUUUACAUUGUAUUCAUUCUUUAUUAGCUUUUUACAUUUUUUUUGUUUAAAUUACUCUAUUUAACGGGGUAGUUCAACCUGGAAACGCCAUCAUGGCUAACAAUGAUUGAAAAUUCAUGUUGCUGGUUAGCAUGAUGUCAUGCUAACUGGCAACACUAGUUUUCAUUCAUUGAACAGAUUAUACAUGCCCUUUAAUUUGACACAGUGAUAUGAAAUGGCACUCGAGUCUGUCAAGUGGUCCUUUAUUAUGUUGUUGUGUAUGCCUGUCCCACAUUGCCUUUUGUUUAAUUUAUUAAGUUUUAUAAACAUAGUUUAUGUAGCACUACUGAUGCUACAGUGUUUUGUUACUGUCUUUUCUCCAGAACAUGAAUAUAAUGGGCAAGCAAACAAAGAUGUCAACUCCUUUCUUAAUCAUGCUUCAUAAUUUACCAGUUGUCUAGGAGUUCUAGAAGAUCUCAUCAUGUAUGUUCUUUUCUUGCAAGGAAUGUGUGAGUUACAAUAGUAGACCAGUGGUGUAUGGCCGUGAAUAGUUAAGGUGUGUUAUGUUCAUUUCUUUUAUACAUUUCAUUGUCGCACUUUAAGAAGAAGAGCCGAAAUCCCAGCAAACACGGUGCAUAGUUUAUUGAGAGUGAUGUAAGUCUUGAUAUUCUUUUUUUUCUGCUCUUUGGGCAGGGGGGUCAGCAGUGUUUUUUGUAUUCAUAUAUAUAUAUAUAUAUAUAUAUAUAUAUAUAUAAAAAACCACCUUUCAUCAUCCCUACUGACUUGUACUGUUUCAUGUUAAAUGGCAGCUCUUUGUCAUUGUGUAUUCUGCUGUAAAUGAUCGAGAUCCUUUUCAGUGAUGAAUGAACACGUUCGCUUUAUGCAGAAGAUGCAGUCAAGUUCAACGGUGAGCAGAGCAUGGUUUCUGACAGGCAAAUAGAGGCAGAGGCAACAUUGAUCUGUCAACAUUUUGGCACUCCUCUGCUUGUCAGUUACUGAAUGUGGUCAUGUGUGCCGAUCUGGGCAUUGGUACCCCUGCUGUCUUUGCUCUGUUCUCUGUGCCCCGUCCAUUCGGCUUCUCUCCGAAUCUACAAUUGCAGCAGCUGUUCCCUUGCAGCAGUGAGCUGACUUAGCAGGCUGGCUAUGUGAGAGGCAUGGGCAAGCAAGCAUUCCUGCCCUGGUGGCUGACUGAUUCAGCUGUGCCGUUAGCUCUCAAGUGCAGAAAGAUACAAGGGCUUGAUUGUCGAGGCUGCUGCACACACACACAUACGUACCACAUGCACGCCUUCUGAAACCUUAACUGCAUCAAUAAGGCUGUGCAAAACACACAGUGAAACUGUAAAGCUGUUCUUGCCAUCUUGCCAUACCUUCCAACUGAGAGGGGCUUGCAGCUGACAUUAGUUCAGAAUGAGCUCUUUGCCAUUUGUUGAAAAAUUGACAUAGCACAGCACAGUAAGGUGCAGUGGGUAGAUGUGAGAUUUUAUGUAUUUAUUUUUUUUAAGCUGGGGCAAACCAAAUGAACGUGUGACAGCACCAGCAGCUUUUGGCAAGAUGCUUCUACUCUCUUCUCAGCUGCUGGGCCACUCUUUUGUUUGUUUUUUGCCCCCCCACCCCCCCACCCCCCCUCAAGGGGAGCCACCGUCCAGAGACUGACUGCUAUUUUUCCCCUCUAAGCCAGCCUUGCUGAUCCUUUUUGAAUGCAAGAAAGGAAACGUGAUCAUUCUGUGGACCUGUGACUUCUCUGUGGUUGUAGUAAUGUAUGUAACUGAACUAAUGCAGUUUUAUCAGUCUAUGUGAACCUAUUUUUUUAAGACCCAAGUCGACACAGUAAGAUGUCUGAAUUAUCAGUGCAGUUCAGAGGGAGUCUUGCUGGUUGCUUUUUAAGCAUUGCUGCUUUUAAAGUAACACAUUUGGGUUAUGCUGCAAGACCUCUGCCAAACAGUAGAAACAGGCAUUCUGCUAAUUACAGUCAAUUGUAUGCACUACAGUUAAUUUCAGAUGCUAUACUAGUUAGGGAGCUCGUUAAAAACCCAUGUAAUGUCACAUUGUUAGAAUGGAAGUGGUGAUGAUGGGAGGCAAUACACACACCAAUUGAUGGGCUUGUGACUAUGUUUUUUGCCAGUUUCUUUACCAUAGUUGGUUCAUUUGUCUUCCUUUGUCUCAAGACCGGGCAGUGUGCAAGCUCUGUAAGCCGUUUCCAUAUGUUGAAGCCGUUUCUUUAUUCCUCACUAGAGACAAUACCACUGUUGAUGAUUUCUGUUAACUGUUUUGCUAUUUCAGGUAAUUUUCCAAGUCUUAACAGUUUCUUCACAGACUGUUUUGGACAUGCAAGUUUGGACUCCGCCAAUUCAUGGAACAUUCUUUCUCAAGGCUAAGAAAUAGUUAUUUUUCAGUUGAUCUGAUGUUAGUAGAGAUUCUAAAUGUGAACAGCAAGCCCAUGUCUGGUUUCUACUCAGGUUUUAGGCAUUCUCAAAUGUAUCUCUACACACUCAUCGUAUACCUCCCUUCACUGUUGAUGCUGAAGUGGUUAGGAGGCAGACUAGAUCAAUAUUCCUGCAACAGGAAGUUUCUAUCUCGAAGACUCAGUUACUCCAUUUCUGCUGGUUCCCCAUCAAGCCCCUAAUCGCAGCCUGCCUCCUACACACCACAUGCUGGGUGGCCAACCAUUUCCCCAUGCCUACCCAGUUUUUCAAAAUCGAGAUUUACAAUUCUAUAUUUAGAAAAUGCUAUGUAUGUUUGUAACAGAAUAAAGGCAAUUAUAAUUGAUGGAAAACGAU